AUGGGGACUCGCAUUCGCGCCUUCCUCACCCACACGCUCGCCGACAAGGCGCUGCGCUUCGACCCCUGCGCCUCCUCGGCGUCCGUGGGCGAGCUGACGAACCUGCUCGCCGUCGACGCCAACAACAUCACGAUCUUCACGCCCGGCGCGUCGUGGCUCUUUCUCGAGGGCGCGCAGCUCGUCUUGACCCUCGCCCUCCUCUUCUACAUCCUCGGCCCUGGCGCGCUCGGGGGGCUGGCCGUCUGCUUGGUGUUCCUGCCGCUGAACGCGGUCGUGAUGCGAGUCAUCAAGCGUCUGCAGGACCGUCUGAUGAAGCAAAAGGACCGGCGGAUGGCCGCCGUGAGCGAGGCGCUCGGAGCUAUCCGCACCAUCAAGCUGAACGGCUGGGAGGACGAGUUCGAGGCGAGGAUCGGAGCGCUCCGGGCAAAGGAGAUCGCCACGCUGCGCGCCUUCCAAAACCUCGGCGCGAUCACCUCGACGCUGUGGCUGUGCGCGCCCUCGAUGGCGGCCCUCGCGUCCUUCCUCGUCAAGAAUGUGCUGCUGCACGAGGACAUCACCGCCAGCCAGGGCUUCACGUCGCUAACGCUGUUCCAGCUUCUCUCGGUCUCGAUGACGUUUCUGCCCGCCGUCCUCAACCAGGCGAUCCAGUCGUGGGUGGGUCUCCGCCGCAUCGCGCGCUUCAUCUCCCUGCCAGAUGUCGAUGGGUUGCCCGCGGCGGCUGGCGGCGGCGAGGGUGGCUUCGCGAACCGACCCACCGCCUCUCCCCCAGCUACGCUGGACACGAUCAGCUUGCUCGUUCGGCCGGGGGAGCUUGCUCUCGUGUGCGGCCCGACGGGUUGCGGCAAGUCGUCGGUGCUCGCCGCCCUCUGCGGCGAGAUUCCGAGGCUCGGAGGCACCGUCGUGUGCUCCGGCAGGAUCUCGUACUGCCCCCAAAGGGCGUUCGUGAUGAACGCGACCCUUCGCGACAACAUCCUGUUCGGCAGCCCGUACGAGGCGUCGCGCUAUCGCGCCGUCCUCCAGGCGUGCGCCCUCGAGCCCGACCUCAAGCUCCUCCCGGCGGGCGACAUGACCGAGAUUGGCGAGAAGGGGGUGAACCUCAGCGGCGGCCAGCAGCAGAGAAUCAACCUGGCGCGGGCCUGCUACGCGCGCUCUGACAUCGUGCUGCUCGACGACGUCCUCAGCGCCGUCGAUGCACACGUCGGCCAGCACUUGUUCGACCGCUGCAUCAACGGCUUCCUCGCUGGCCGCACGCGCGUACUGGUGACGCACAGCGUUGCUUCCACCUUGGAGCGCGCUUCGACCGUCAUCGUGAUGGGCGAGGGUGGGCGUGUCUUGGCGCAGGACACGCCCUUCGGCGAGCACGAGGCCAUCGCUGCGCUGCGCACCCGCUCCCGCCCGCCCUCUACCCUCGACCUGAGCGCGCUCGCACCCGCCACGCCCGCGACGGCGGCGGCAAUGAGCGACACGGGAGACGGCGGCAGUGGCGACAGUGGCAGUGGUGGCGGCGGCGGCAGAGGUGGCGGCGGCGGCGCUGAUAGCGGCGGCGGCGGUGGCGGCGGCAUCACAAAGGUGGAGGAGCGGGCUCGGGGCGCUGCCAAAGCGGCGACUUACAGGAGCUACCUCGCUGCGGCGGGGAGCUGGCGCUUUCACCUUCUGUUCUUGGCCACGUGCAUCGCCUUCUCGAGCCUGAGUCCUCUGCAGAGCGUCGCUCUCAAGAUGUGGGUCGCGUCGAUGGCACCCGGCGCCUCCGGCGACUCCUCCCGGCCCUGCCUCCUGUACGUGCUCGCCGGUGUCGCGUUCAUCACCACUACUCUCGCGCGGAACGUCCUCUUGCCGUCCGCCUCCGUGCGUGCCUCGCGUCGUAUGCACGCCGCCAUGACGGCCACUGUGCUGCGCGCGCGCAUCAGCUGGUUCGAGGCGACGCCGCUCGGCCGCAUCCUCAACCGCUUCUCCUCGGACAUCAGCGCCGUCGACCAGCAGGUGGCCAACCAGUGCAAGGAUACGCUCGUCAUUUCCUUCAACGUCGUCGCCAUCACGCUUGUCUGCACGCUUGGCUCGGGCGACGCCGCCUCGCAGCUUGUCGUGCUCGGAGCCGUCCUUCUCGCCACCGCCUCGUCGACCUUCGUCUAUUCGUCUUACCGCACGCCGGCGCGAGAGCUCAAGCGGCUCGAAUCGGUCACCAAGUCCCCGCUCUUCGCCAGAUUCGCGGAGAUGGUGAGCGGCGCCGCGGUGGUGCGCGCCUUUGGCGAGCAGCAACGCUUCCUGGCCACGACUGCGAACAAUGUUGACUGCGCGAACCGCGCCCUCUUCUACCUCUGGCACACGAAUCAGUGGUUAAGGGUCUCUAUGAACCUUGUCGGCUCGAUGGUGACGGGUGCAGUGGUUGCUAGCGUGCUGUGGCAGGCCAAUAAGCUUGAGGGUGGCGACGCCGGGCUGACUCUUUCCUACGCGACGCAGUUUACGCAGGCCAUCAUGUGGUUUUUCCGCAUCUACACGCAGCUGGAGGUGUCGAUGAACGACGUCGAGCGCAUCAACGAGUUCUCCAGGCUCGAGACCGAGGCUUACCAGCAGGGUGAGCCGCCGGCGCCAGAGUGGCCGGGCGACGGGACCGUCAGCUUCAAGAAUGUCCGCCUGCAGUACGCCACCGCCGCGGCGCCGGUCUUUGCGCGCCUCUCCUUCACGGUGCCGGCGCGGACGCGCUGCGGCGUCGUCGGUCGGACUGGCGCAGGCAAGAGUUCUCUCGCGGUCGCGCUCUUCCGCGUGGUGGAGCUCUCUGCAGGCUCCAUCUGCAUCGGCGGCGCCGACCACCAAUCUAUCCGACUGCAGACGAUGCGCUCGCGCCUCUCCAUCAUCCAGCAGGAGCCCACGCUCUUCCGAGGGACGGUGAGGUACAACCUCGAUCCAGUCGGCGAUGGCGGCGGCGGCGACGCGCGGCUGUGGGACGCGCUGCGCCGCGCGGGGCUCGAAGCCAAGGUUCGCGCCUUGCCGGGAGGGCUGGACGCCGAGGUGUCGGAGGGCGGCGCGAACCUGUCGGCGGGGGAGCGGCAGCUCGUCUGCAUGGCACGUGCGUUGCUCAAGGCGGCGCCCAUCCUCGUCAUGGACGAGGCCACCGCGAACGUGGACCACGAGACUGACACCAGGAUCCAGACGAUGAUCCGCGAGGACUUCUGCGGCACGACGACGGUCCUCACCGUGGCGCACCGCCUCAACACAAUUGCCUUCUACGAGCGAGUUCUGGUCCUUGAUGCCGGCGCGGUCGUCGAGUACGACAGUCCCCGCACGCUCCUGGAUAAGCCCGGAGGUGCCUUCCGCAGCCUUGCGGAGGAGUCGGGGGAGAUGGGGGCGCUGCGUGCCGCCGCCGCGAGCGCGACCGAGGCUUGACUUGUGCGUAGAGUACGCGGGGACGCGGGGUAAUAUGACACACGACACGUGUAUGUAGAGUCAGGUGAAGAGGUGUCAGCGCGCGUCACUGUCACAGUACACAGUGACGUGCGCUCUCAUACCACGGCUCUUGGAACUAACAGUACGCCGCUCUAACACCAAGACUUGCGCC